GGACAUUUUUUAAUUAAAUCAUUUUUUCAAAUCAUAUUAUAUCUAUAUCAAAUCAUCUUAAUUAUUAUUUAUUUACUUACUUACUUAUCUCUUUAUCUGUUUAAUUUAUAACCAUAUUUAUCUUUUUCUAUUAUUCUUAUUCUUAUCAAUAAUAUCUUAAAUACCUACUAUAUCCUUCCAAAAUGAGUACUGAUCAACAACAAGCCCAACAAAUUCAACCUCCUGUUUCUAUCUCUGUUUCAGAUCAAGAUCAACAACAAGCUCAACAACAAGCUCAAAAUCAAAUCCAAAAUCAACCUCAAAAUCAACAACAACAAGAUGAAAACUCUCAAGCUCAACAAGCUCAACAACAACCUGAGGUCAUUCCUGCUAAUGCCACCGAAGGUGGUCGUGAGGUUUCAAAUAAAAUCCUUUAUGUAGGUGGUUUGUCUAAAACCGUCACUGAAGAUAUUUUAAGAGACGUAUUUGCUGUCAAUGGUCAAGUUGAAUCUAUUAAAAUUCUAUUUGAUAAAAAUAAACCUGGCUUUAAUUAUGCCUUUAUUGAAUAUGAUAACCCACAGUCUGCUGAAAUAGCUAAACAUAAUCUUAAUGGAAAAGUUAUUAAUAACUUUGAAAUUUCUAUUAAUUGGGCUUAUCAAUCCCAACAAGCUAAAAAUUCAGAAUCCUCUUUCAAUAUUUUCAUCGGUGAUUUAUCCUCUGAAGUUAAUGAUGAAUUACUAGCCAAAUCCUUUUCAAGAUUCCAAUCAAUGAUUCAAGCUCAUGUAAUGUGGGACAUGCAAACAGGUAGAUCAAGAGGUUAUGGUUUUGUCUCAUUCUCUGAUCAUGGCGACGCUGAAAACGCAAUUAAAACAAUGAAUGGCGAAUGGAUUGGUGGUAGAACCAUUCGUUGUAAUUGGGCUUCUCAUAAACAAAACCAAAAUAUUCAUGCUCAAAACAAUUUCCAAAUGAAUCAAAAUUCUCUACCUCAAAACAAUAAUUUAAAUAAUCUAAAUUUAAAUCAACAACAACAACAACAACAACAGCAACCUGGUGCGGCUCCAAAUAACUUGCCAAAUAAUUCAAACAAUUCAAGCAAUAUCAACGGCAUUCAAAUGACUGGCUUACCACCCAUUCAAUCCUAUGAAAUGGUUUUAAGACAAACUCCUUCAUGGCAAGCCACUGUCUAUUUGGGUAAUUUAGCCCACUACACAACUCAAAAUGAAUUGAUUCCUCUUCUACAAAACUUCGGUUACAUUGUUGACUUCAAAUUCCAUCCUGACAGAGGUUGUGCUUUUGUUAAAUAUGAUUCUCAUGAAAGAGCCGCUUUAGCAAUUGUUCAAUUAGCUGGCCUUAGUGUUAAUGGCAGACCUUUGAAAUGUGGUUGGGGAAAAGAUAGACCACCUCAAUAUAAUAACUUUGGCCGUGUUAUGUAUGGUGCUCAACAACGUUAAGUUGUUUAUAUUGAUGAAAAAGGUUUUUUCAAAAAAAAAAUUAAUAUAAAAUUAAUAAAAUUGAAAGUAAUCCCAAAAAAUCAAAAAAAUACAAAAUUAUCCAAAAAAUUCUUAUAAAAAAUUCAAAAAAAAUUCAAAAAAACUCAAAAAAACUCAAAAACACAAAAAAAAAAAUUCA